AUUCACAAUCUUUCCCAUCUACUCGAAUCAUUCCUAUCCGCUGACAGUUUUUUGAGUGUCACGAUCCACUGGUAUUGGUCUAGAUGUUAUUGAAGUUCGGUUGCUGAAGUCGGCCAGAGAUAGGAGAUGCGGGAGCUGUCUGAAGGCGCACCAUUCAACCAACCCCAUCGUCCAGGAAAGUGAAUCCCCUGCCGUCUCUAUAUUUUCUUUCGAACGCCUUUUUUCUUUCCCAAGUGAUUAUAUGUUCUGGCCACAUAAUAACCAUAAUCAGUAAUUUUAGCCGUAGUCUGGGCCUCGCCCAUAGUAUGUUUUCAAGACUAUGCCAUCGACUGGGCACAAUGUAGAAGAAGGCCUUGAAAGAACUCCAUCGUGGUGUCGGAAUCAUUGGCAACACCUUGGACCUUAGGAUCUGCAAGCUUUUUCUACAAUCCAAGAAUUAUUAUCCAGUGUCGAUCGAUUAUGACUCUAGGAAAGCACUUCGUAAAUGCGGUGGAGGAUCCUGUCGGCCAGGCUCUGAAGAGCUUCUUGCGCCAGGACAGAUCUCUCAGAUUAAUAGAAUCGCAGAGAGUCCUUUAUCAUCAACAAAACCAACAGAAAGUCUUGUUGCUAUCUGGUGGCGGGUCUGGACAUGAGCCAGCUCACGCAGGUUACUUAGGAGGUGGAAUGCUUGACGUUUGCGUUUCAGGUGACAUAUUCGCAUCUCCAUCGGCUUCUCAAGUCUUAGCGGGCCUAAAAGCGUUGAAGUCGCCAAAAGGGAUUCUCAUGAUCGUCAAGAAUUACACGGGAGACAAACUCAACUUCGGUCUUGCUGCUGAAAAAGCAAAAUCGGAGGGAUUGGAGGUUAAUGUCGUAUUCGUUGGGGAUGAUGUUUCGGUGGAGGGCAAUGAGCUUGUAGGGCGUCGAGGCCUCGCUGGUGUUGCCUUUGUACAUAAGAUAGCAGGCGCAAUGGCGAGUAGAGGUUCAUCCCUCGAAGAAGUUACCCAAGUUGCACAAUCUGUCUCAGACCGCAUGGUUACUGCAGGCGUGAGCCUUGAUCGAUGCAGUGUACCAAAGCGAGGGAAGCAAGAAAGCCUGCCGUUCAACCUUCUGGAAUAUGGAAUGGGUAUCCAUAAUGAACCUGGGACGAGGAGGGAAAAGAUCCCAUCGAUGCCAUCGACGGUCGCAAAUGUGCUUGAGAUUCUCAAGAUAUCAGAGUUGGACAAAGGAAAGCCAAUCGCAACCAUGAUAAACAACCUCGGUGGUUUAAGUAUUUUGGAGCUGCACAUUAUUGCUAACGAGGUCAUGGGCCAACUGGAAGCAGUUGGCUUCGACAUACGAAGAACGCUCGUGGGUACUUUUGUUUCAUCGCUAAAUGGACCUGGAUUUUCAGUUACCAUACUGGAAUUAGACCCAUUGACAGAAUCUCUUCUGAACGACCAGACAACCGCGCCUGCCUGGCCGAACAUAACUGGAAGCCCUGCUUUGGGAAUCGCAGAAAAUACGAACCAGAGACUCGUGAACGAUUCUGUCUUAGCAAAGGCAUCACCAAUUCAUAUCGAGUACGCGAUUCAAGAAGAUUUGAUAGGCACCGAAAUACUCCAUACCUUGCUCGGCUUUGUUCUAAAAUCUGUCGUGACAGAUGAGCCAAUGAUCACAAGAUACGAUACUAUUGCUGGAGAUGGGGAUUGUGGAGAGACGCUACUCAAGGGUGUAAAAUCCGUCUGCGCUGCACUUUUACAGACUUCGUCAGAGGCCCCUAUGGACAUUGUCUCUAUAUUCAGGGUAAUAUCCAACACAAUUGAAUCAUCCAUGGGAGGAACCUCGGGCGCCAUAUAUGCAAUUUUCUUCAACGCAGUGACUAACCAUCUGUCAUCACCCUUUGACGGCAGUGACCCCGGAUUCUUAAGCAUGCGUAUUCGACUAGCUCUAAACUCAGGAGUUGCUCAGCUCUGUCGCUAUACGUCUGCGAGGAAGGGACAUAAGACAUUGAUGGAUGCGUUGAUCCCAUUUACAGAGGCUUUCGCUAGCGGUAGCAGCCUGGAGGCCGCAGUCAUGGAAGCCAGAAACGGGGCCGAAGCGACACGGAAAUUAGAUGCCGUUUUGGGAAGGGCGAGCUACGUGGGCAAGGAAAUAUUUGAGGUGGAAGGAGGUAUUCCAGAUCCAGGUGCGAUGGGAGUUGUUAGUGUGCUCCAGGGAAUACUAGAGGGCUUGAAAGAUGAGCGCAUAAUCUCUCAAUAGGCUGUUUGUUAAAAGCAAUCGCUUAAACGGUAUAAUAAAAUAAUCAAUUAAUUACAAUGCAAAAAUGUUUAUGAG